AUGAGGAGGAAAAUUUCAAAUGACGAGAGGCAUUGGCUGAUCAGGGAUUUUGAUCUGGACGAGAUUAAAGAAGCAGUUUGGAGUUGUUGUGGACACAAGAGUCCGGGACCCGAUGGAUUUAACUUCACAUUCUGGAGAGCGGCGUGGCACGUGGUUAAAGAGGACUUACUCCAGGUUUUGAAGGAAUUUCACGAAAACGGGAAAAUACCGAAAGGUGGUAACGCCUCUUUUAUUGUUCUGAUUCCGAAGAAAGAAGGGGCUGGGUCGCUCGAUGAUUUUCGCCCAAUUUCUCUUAUCACCAGCUUGUUCAAAAUUGUGGCUAAAAUCCUGGCUGAGAGAUUGAAGAGGGUUAUGGGGUCGAUCAUUUCCGAUAAUCAAAGUGCGUUUGUCAAGGGUCGCUUCAUCCUAGAUGGGGUGGUUAUCCUGAAUGAAGCUAUUUCUGAGGCAAAAAAGAAGAGAGUGGGCCGCCUCAACGAGUUCAUUGAAAGAGCAGCGGAGAGGCAGUUCCUGGUUCCGGCGAACAUUGGCAAGGAUAAAGUGCCCAUUUCACAUCUACAGUACGCGGACGAUACUAUCUUCUUGUUGGAGGUAGAUGACAGGAAUAUGGAGAGCGUGAAGAAACUCCUGAUUCUCUUCCAGUUCGUCUCGGGUUUAGCUGUAAAUUUCGACAAAAGUUGUCUUCUGACAGUUGGAGUGGAUGAGGCAGUUGAGAGGAGAUGGGCAUCGCUCCUCAUGUGCAAGAUCGGAUCUUUUCCGUGCAACUACUUGGGUACUAAAGUGGGGGGGCGCAGCAAUGGUGUUGGAGAUUGGAAGUUUUUGGUUGAAAAAGUCUCAAACAAAGUGGCAAGCUGGAAGAAGAGACACCUUUCGCUGGCAGGGCGAAUUACUCUAGUCAAGUCGGUGUUGCAAUCCAUCCCGGUCUAUCAAUUAUCCCUCGCUUUCAUACCUAAAGCGGUGAUUAAGGAACUUAAUUCACUGUUCUCCAAAUUUCUGUGGGGAUGA